UAAUAAUAAUUAAAGAUGUUUUCCACAAACCCGAAUUAUACUAAGCUGAAAACGCACUUAAGGCUUGCUAUAAAUCGGCUAAAACUGUUGGAGAAAAAGAAAACUGAAUUAGCACAGAAAUCACGUAAGGAAAUUGCCGAAUAUAUUGCAGCUGGUAAAAGUGAGAGAGCUAAAAUUCGCGUAGAACACAUUAUCAGAGAAGACUACAUGGUGGAAGCAAUGGAGAUAGUGGAAAUGUACUGUGACUUGAUCCUGGCAAGAUUUGGACUUGUCACCCAGAUGAAAGAACUGGAUGAAGGUUUGGCUGAAGCCAUAUCUAGUCUCAUUUGGGUCGCACCGCGAAUGCAUACUGAUGUUCAGGAACUUAAAGUAAUCUCAGAUUUACUCACAGCAAAAUACGGAAAGAUCUAUGCAGAUGCGUGCAGAAAUGAAAACGUAAAUACAAUAAGUGACAAAUUAAAACACAAGAUGUCUGUACAGAGCCCGCCCAAAAUAUUGGUAGAGAGAUAUUUGAUAGAAAUCGCUAAGAACUACAAUGUCGAAUAUGCACCUGAUGAACAAGUGAUGCGUGAAGAAGAAGCUCGCGAUGCGAUGUUAAUAGAUAUAAACGGACCACCCAUGCCUCCGGGUUUUAUCGGAUACCCACCAGCACCACCAAUGCCGCAGAUGCCCCAUCUACCACCUCCUACGGUCACACCUUUCAAUUAUCCUACAACACCGUCAGGCGGUAAAGCGGGAGGGUUCAUAGCGACACCUCCAAAUUACGGCGGGCCAAGCCAACCACCGCCGACAGCCUACAAUAUGCCCCCUGGAGUCAACUCUAAAGAUUUUAGCAACAGUUUCUUGCAGGAGGAAAUGCACAACCUUCCGCCUGCGUACGACAGUAUACACUAUGAUAUGCCGGCAGUUCCGUCUCCGUCGGCAAGUGCGCAUCAGUCACCAAUUCCGCAUCAGCCACCAGUUCCGCAUCAGCCACCAGUUCCGCAUCAGCCACCAGCACCGACACCACAACCGCGUGCUAAACCACCGGGUUCAGGAUCUGGUCAUUUCCCGGAAUUGCCAGAUUUGCCGUCCGUACCAUCCGACUUGCUGUUGCCCUCUGUACCGCAUAGCAACUCGUCGCAUUCUAACCCGCAGAACAACUCGAGUGCACCAGAUGAAAUUGAUUUUGAUGAUCUAAAUAAACGUUUCGAAGAGUUGAAAAAGAAGAAGUAAUAUUGUAACGUCAUAAAUUCCAAUAUUAAGACACGGACGGGUUACUUUUGGAUCCUGAAAUUCGCACCCUUAGUGUAAUAAGGCCCCAUAUGCAAAUUGACAACUUUUCCGAAAAAGAUUCAAGAUUCUACGAACGAAAUUAGUCGAUAACUUUUGUAUGCGUAGGAGAUUUAUAAAAUUUCAUGUAUACAUAAUUUGUUUAUGUAGUUAGUCUUAUUUUUAUAACUUUCAUGUGAUAAAAGCACUUUUAACAUAUGAUUACGGCUAAGUUCAGGUGACAAAUUUAACGUGCGUUUUCGUAUCACGCGUCUAGAUAUUCAUAUAUUUUACAUUCUCAUCUCCCAUUAUGGACAUACGUGCGGUACCGCCGCGUUCAGAGGAAAUACUUUAAAACGCGCAUCAAAAUCUGGCAAAAGCACGUCACCGCGCGUUUUCGUUGCAAGAGGACGUGUUAGACUCUUUGCUACUUUGCCUUUGCACCGCGCAUUGCCUCUCGUAAUCUGAACGUUCCAACUCGACGCGCGGCAGAUGUGCAUCCAUCUAAACCUAGCCUUAUAAUUAUGGCUAGCAGUUGUCGGCAGAUUUUUCAAUUCCGCAAUGUCUGUGGGUCCAAAAUUAUACUUGCCAGUCUUUAUUGGUGAAUUGUCUAUACUAUAAUUUAUUUCACAAUCAAGUAUGAAAUAAUACAAAUUAUGAAAAAACGAGAUUUCUUUAUUUUGUAUAUAUUUAUUAACUUUUUCGGUUGGUAGGGUAACAAUGAAGAAAUCAGAAAGAAUCUAUAAAAGUAGGUAUAUCAAAUUAUUUUUCUAAUAUAUGAAUUUUCAAAGAUAGGAUUUAUAGGUUUAAAAGUCCCUAAUUUUAAUUAUAUUCCAAUACAUGCAUAAAUAAAAGUAAUCGUAAUGCGCUUAUAAUGAUCGAUAACCCAUUCUCAUUUAAAUUCUUAAAAGUUGAUGUGCAAAAAUUGCCUAAUUGAAUAUAUACCAUUGUUUUUUCAUACUCGACACUUAAAUAAUGGUCACACUGGAAUAAGGCACGCUGAAUCGUUAAUCUUGUGAAAAAAAUCUACGUAAAGUCCCAAAUAUUCGGGACGAUUUAUCUUCACUACUUGAGUUUUCAAACUGAUAGAAACGAUGAAUUGAUAGUUUAUGUCGUUAACGAUUCAACUUCAAUGCGGGGGUAUAGCGAUCGAUACGAUUAUCGUAAUGAUAAACGAGGAAUCGUCUGUAUAAGGGAAUCUUAAGAAAAUUCGAUGAAGUGCUUCCAUGAAAUGUGUUGGCUGAAACCUUAAUUGUUUCAAACAAAUGUAUAAGAGUCAGUCAGCAGGGAGAUUUUGUUAAGAGUUUGGGUACAGAUGAGAGCAUCACUUGAGUGUAACGGGAACCGCGCUGCAUGCCGUCUCACUACGUGCUGGUCUAUCCAACAAAUGUAGGCAGCGAUAAUUUCAAGUUGACACUUGUUUCAAAGAUUCGUGCAGUAGAUCCUUUUACUUGUAUCAAUGCACUCAGGAUUAGGAGAAAAUUGUGAUAUAUAGAUAAUGUAUUGUAAUGUAUAAUAAAACUCUGUGCUUUAAAUAUUAUAUUUUAUUAUUG